GCAGCAGCACCUUGUUGAACAGAAUGAAGUUUCAACAGGUGAUGAUUCUCUCCAUGUCCACACUUCUUCUACUUCCAUUACUUGUUCCUGAAUCGUCGUCUAGUUCUCCAUCUGGAGUUGAUCAUCAAGGAAGUUCAUCUAUUUCUCCAUCUGGAGUUGAUCAUCAUGGCAGUGCAUCUAGUUCUCCAUCUGGAGUUGAUCAUCAAGGAAGUUCAUCUAUUUCUCCAUCUGGAGUUGAUCAUCAAGGAAGUUCAUCUAUUUCUCCAUCUGGAGUUGAUCAUCAUGGCAGUUCGUCUAUUUCUCCAUCUGGAGUUGAUCAUCAUGGUAGUCCGUCUAUUUCUCCGUCUGAAGAUGAUGAUCAGAUGAGUCUUCUUGAAAAUUUACUAGCCGCACUAAUUGCAGUUGUGGUUGUUCUCGGGCCUUGGUUACUGCUGAGGCUCUGCUUUGCUAAUCUCUGGGUCUGUUGCGCUUUGUAUGCUCUACUGUUUGGCUUAUUUCUGAUUUUCUGGCACAGAUUUGAGUAUCCUUGAGAAAUGCCCAAUCGAAGUAUCCUUUAGAACAUAUACAUAUUGAAGAUUUCAAUUCAUCAAUUUAUGUAUUCUGAUUGAGAGGUCGUUUCACUCUUUGUAAGAGUUUAUCUUCCUCAA